AUGAGACCCCACGUGAAAUUCUGGAAAGAAUCCGCGAGUUUAUUGAUUUUGGGGCGAUCCUCAAGUGUCCCGAAAUUCAACUACGAGGUACUUGUUCUCAAGAGAUCCGAAAAAGCUUCAUUUAUGCCCAAUGGCAUUGUGUUUCCCGGAGGAGCUCUAGAAGACAGCGACAGCUCACUGGAGUGGCUGAAUUUGUACCGAAAUCUUGGAGUCUCUGACACAAAAAUCGCUCAACUCAGUCAAAUCUCUGGACAGAGGUCGUUUAUCUUCCAAAAGGAACACUCAACAGAUCUGGCCAGGGAGAUAGCGUUGAGAAUCGGUGCAAUCCGGGAGACAUUUGAGGAAGUGGGAGUGUUAAUUGCGAAAAACGCUCAGCAAUUUGCCAAUGAAUCCCCACUGGCUGAUACAGUGACGGGAUUUGAUGUCAAAGAGUGGCAGAAAGCUGUCCACAAUGAUCACAGAGAAUUCAUUCGGCUAUGCAGAGAAUUAAAUGUGGCUCCGGACAUUUUUGGUGCCUACGAAGCUGCAAAUUGGCUAACACCAAAUACGUAUGGUCGCAAGAGAUUCAAUGCAGUCUUUUUCCUGGUAGCUCUGUCGAGCAAACCCAAAAUCGAGACUGAAGAGAAUGAAGUGCAGUCCUCGAGAUGGGAGACUCCAGACAGUAUCCUGUCUCGAUCAAAGAGUGGAGAAUACUUUCUGCCUCCUCCACAGUGUUAUGAAUUGUCGAGGAUCCGUCAUAAGACCGAUAUUGAGGAUUUGGCGGGAUUUAUGCGUGAUCGACAGAAGCAUGGACUCAAGCUUUACUAUCCCUAUCAAUACUACUUGUCUGACGCCGUACUGGAUGUCUAUCCGGGUGAUUCACUCUAUCCCAAGGAUGUUUCCUAUACAGAAGUCAAUCAUGAUAUGUACGAACACAAGGACAAAACCGCUGAAGAAGCACGGAAGCUCUUCCCGAAGCUGAAUCGGAAUGAAUUGCUAGGAGCUCAUCAUCAUGUUCGCUGCAAUCUUCUGAUAAACAUCCCACCGGAAAAUGGGCAUUUGUGUCCAAUUCUGGGUGAUAUUAAGGCUAAACUUUAGUAGAGACUCUUUCAAGAUGAGAUUCAACAUUUAAUUUCACAAAAUUGGAUUUUUUGUGAAUUCAGCAUGGUUGUACGAAAAAUCAAUUAAAUUUAUUAAAGUUUUGGGAACAAGA